GAGCUCCGGGUCCUCAGAGCGGGACUGGGCUGCUGCUGGAGCAGGACACGGACGGAGGGUCGCUGGGUCGGAUACUAACACCUCUACACAGAACAUGAAACCUUCUUUUUAACCGUGUGGAAACUUUACUCCAGUCCAUCAAGAUGACGGUGGAGUUUGAAGAUUGCAUUCAAGAUUCACCCCGGUUUAGGGCAAAUAUUGAUGAGGUUGAAACAGAGGUUGUGGAGGUCGAGGCAAAACUAGAUAAGCUGGUGAAGCUCUGCAGUGGGAUGAUUGAGGCAGGGAAGGCAUACGUCAGCGCCAACAAGCUCUUCAUCAGCGGCAUCCGGGAUCUGUCUCAGCAGUGCAAGAAGGAUGAGAUGAUCUCGAUACUAUUUGAUCAGGCUCAGCGGUCUGUAAAGCAGCAGCUGCACAACUUUGUGAAAGAGGAUGUUCGGAAGUUCAAGGAGACCAAAAAGCACUUUGAUAGGGUGCGUGAGGAUUUGGAAAUAGUGCAGGUGAAGAAUGCUCAGGCGCCGAGGAAUAAGCCUCAUGAGGUCGAAGAAGCCACCGGCGCGCUCACCAUCACCCGCAAGUGCUUCCGACACCUCGCUCUGGACUACGUGCUACAGAUCAAUGUUCUACAAGCAAAGAAGAAAUUCGAGAUCCUGGAUGCUAUGCUGUCAUUCAUGCACGCCCAGUACUCGCUGUUCCAGCAGGGCUACAACCUGCUGGGAGAGAUCGACCCAUACAUGAAGAAACUGGCUACUGAGUUGGAUCAGCUAGUGAUCGAUUCAGCCAUGGAGAAGAGAGAAAUGGAGCAUAAACAUGCAACCAUUCAGCAAAGGACCCUCAUGCAGGACUUUGCAUGUGACGACUCUAAGGUGGAAUUCAACGUGGAUGCACCUAAUGGUGUGGUGAUGGAGGGAUACCUGUUCAAGAGGGCCAGCAACGCCUUUAAGACCUGGAACAGACGGUGGUUUUCUAUACAGAACAGUCAGCUGGUCUAUCAGAAGAAGCUCAAGGACUCUCUGACGGUGGUGGUGGAGGACCUUCGCCUGUGUUCUGUCAAACCAUGUGAAGACAUCGAGAGGAGGUUCUGCUUUGAGGUCGUCUCCCCCUCCAAGAGCUGUAUGCUACAGGCGGAAUCUGAGAAGCUAAGACAAGCCUGGAUUCAGGCAGUUCAAGCCAGCAUUGCUUCAGCCUACAGAGGAAGCCCAGACACCUCCUAUAUAGAGCACCUGGACAGAACAGCCUCCCCGUCCACCAGCAGCAUUGAUUCGGCCAGUGAGCCGCGGGAGCGCAGCACCCGAGGGGAGACCUUUGUGCAGCGGAUCCAGUGUCUGCCGGGAAACGAGCGGUGCUGUGACUGCGGCCAGGCCGACCCUCGCUGGGCUUCAAUCAACCUGGGCGUCCUGCUGUGCAUCGAGUGCUCUGGCAUCCACAGGAGUCUCGGAGUUCACUGUUCGAAGGUUCGCUCACUCACACUGGACUCAUGGGAACCAGAACUGUUGAAGUUAAUGUGUGAGCUCGGAAACAGCGUCAUCAACCACAUCUAUGAAGGCUCAUACCAGCAACAAGGUCUGAAGAAACCACUACCAUCCAGUUCAAGGCAAGAAAAAGAGGCUUGGAUUAAGGCCAAGUAUGUAGAGAAAAAAUUCCUGAAGAAGCUAGGCUCCACAGAGAGACUCAUCAAUGGAGACAGGAAGUCAGAUCGGCGGUGGAGCGUAAAGAAAUGUCGGAGACACAACAGCGCCACCACAGUCCCCAAGACACGGCGAAGAUACCGACAAGAGCCUGGAAGCAGCUCCCCAUCCAGUCUGUCCUCAGCUGCUGCUAAGUUCAAACGAGAAUCCCUGUUUUGCCCCGAUGAGCUGCACUCCCUCUUCUCCUAUUUCGACACAGGAUCGGGUCCUCGAAGUCUGAGCAGUGACAGCGGGUUGGGGGGCAGCACCGAUGGCAGCACAGACAUCCUGGUGUUUGGUUCAGUGGUGGACAGCGUCACAGAGGAGGAGUGUGAGGUGUCUGAGGACUCGAGUGGUGAAGCUGAGCUGGAGGCUGAGCCAGAAACGUCAGACCAGGAGGACAUUAGGGAUCUUCAUCCCGGAGCGCUGCUGUACAAAGCUUCAAAGGCCCGCAACCUGCCCGUCAUGGCUGAAGCACUAGCUCAUGGGGCAGACGUCAAUAUGGUCAACGAUGAAGAUGAAGGGAAGACACCCCUCAUACAGGCAGUGAUUGGAGGUUCGCUGAUUGCCUGUGAGUUUCUGCUCCAAAAUUCUGCUGACGUCAACCAAAGAGACGCGAGAGAGAGGGGCCCUCUGCAUCAUGCCACGUAUCUGGGACACACAGGGCAGGUGUGUUUAUUCCUAAAGAGGGGAGCUACACAGAACGAUGAGGAUGAAGAUGGCCAGGAUCCUUUGACUAUAGCUGUACAGCAAGCCAAUGCAGAUAUAGUCACACUGUUGCGUUUGUCCAGGAUGAAUGAGGAGAUGCGGGAGUCAGAGGGACCCUUUGGACAGUCAGGUCAAUACCCAAGGAGCAGCCCCACUGAGCAGCAGUAUAAGAAAUGCAUUCAGGAGUUUAUCUGUCUCAAUAUAGCAGAGUGCUAGAAUCAAGCCUAGUCAGGUUAAAAUGGAUUGUAAAACAAGUGCAGGUGGUGUCAGCAGACAUGACUGAGAGAGACCUGUUGGGGAUCCUGUGCUUCAAGCUUGUUUCUACAAUCUGAUGACUCUAGACCAGAAACCAGUUUACCAACAGUAGGUUCACUCUCAGGCUGUUAACCUCCAUUAAAUGAUGUUAGAUUUGAAUGACUUGACUUUGCCAAGUAGAUGAGCGUAGUGAGGUGCUUGUCACCACUGCCAGCCACUUUUUAAGAUUUCCAGCACUAGUAUGAAGCUAUUAGAAUUCAUCAGCACUAUAUUUGGGACCAGCUUUACCCUUUAUUUGGAGUUAUUAGAGAGUACAGUGUGCUCUGAACCAAAGACCUGCCAUUUGCCCCAACAGUCAGAGGUUCAUCAGGUUGUUAUUAUAGUGCUAAGUGGGAGGACCCAUGUUGGGUACCCUCUGCUUCCAGAAGACAGUGUUAAGUGAAUCACUGUUGGAGGAGCUCUGCGGCUUAGACAGGCCUGAAACUGUGCCAAUUGAAAAUCAUUACAAAACGAAUAAAUACAGUGUAUGGUAAGAUAUCAGGGUUUAUGGUUAAAAAGUUGAACAGCUGUUACAGAAGACUCAAAAGGUGAAUUUCAGCAACUAUCCCACUAUCGUGAGUUCCUAGCAGCAGUGCAUUGGGCCAUGCCUCUGGCUUCUCCUGCAUAGCGAUGGUGAGGCUGUUGGGUAUUGUAGUAUUUUGAGACCAAAUGACAAAACAGAAUUUGCCAGAAAGGAAACAGAAAUAAUUAAAACUGGUGGUUAUUGUUACAUUAUCUAUGGACUCCAGAGUUUCUGUAUUAAGUAGCAUUGAGGACAUGGGAAUACAGAAUAAGGAAAACCUCCUGUGGAACCAGCAUGCCCUUCCACUUUGCAGCUCUUUACAGUAUUAUUAGCACAUGGGAGUGGAAUGCUGCAGACUUGACUACAGGCUGGUGCAGCCAAUUCACUAGCUUGUUUGUGGUUAAUAAGAUUUGCAUUUGCUGUGCUUUUUUAUUAACCUGAGGAUCUGCUGUCAGUGCAUGUGUGAUCGCAUGUUGGAGCUCCUUAUUUUGCACUGUGACGGUCAUCAAGCGGUAACUGUGAAGCUGCGAUAACUGUGACUGGGAGUAAAUGAUCACAGGAUCAUUUCUCUGUAUUGAUUGUGAGAUUGAUCAAGCAAUGCGUUUAUAUUUAAUUAAAAGCGAAAUCAUGCACUAUUUCUUAACAACAGUGAUUUGAAUUUUCUUUUUGCUCGAUCAUUGUUAUGCCUUCACUUUCUUUUUCCUCUCAGAAUAGGUUUGGGUGCUUUUUUGUGGCAUGUUUUUAUUUAUGAUGAAACUCCCAGAGCAAUAGUGAAAUGGUUAUUUCAGUACAGGUAAUCUGUAUUUUUUAUAUUAUGUGUGACAACAACACAGAUGAUAUAUUUUUAAGCUUUUUUUUAGAUUUUAUUUUAUUGAGCACUCACGUAGUGCCAGUGCUAUAUUCUCAUUGUAAGAAAGAGAGCAGGUACUCAGUUUUCAUAAUAUAUUCACUUGGAAUAAUCCCCCUGAACAAUCUGCAGUGGAAGAUUUUUUUUGAUAAAUUGCACUAAGAUGUAUUACCGUCUAUAACAUACAGCAUUUGUAUGUUUGUUUAUGGUAAUCCGAGGUCUCAGGACUAGGUUAAUGUUAGAUUUGUUCUUUGUUUAUAAGCCCUUUUGCUUUUGUUUACUUCUGUACCCAGUGUAUGUGAAUAUUUGACAUUUAAUAUUGUUGAAUAAUAUUAAUAUCCGUAAUCAAUUUUAAAUACUGCCAAGCAGUAUAUGGAAUGACAUUUGUGACAGAAAUCACUGAACACUGAAGUUUUCCAUUGGUUGGAUAUUGAUCAUAAAAGAUGGUAAAGGAUAAUAUGCAAAAAGCUUGAUGACAAUGAACAUGGCAGCCUGGCUGUUUUAAGACCCCAUUUAUGCUCUAGAUUGAUGUCAAAUGUGACUAGUAGUGUUUGGUAGGUCACAGUAAAUGGCAGUGAUCCAGAGCAUGUUGUACCCUGAACAGCUUCAUUUGUAGCCGACUACUGCCGACAAAAUUAGCCUGAUGAAAAAUAUUUCCCCAUAGAUGCUGCUUGUCUUUCACGGAUGUUGUGGAGUGUUGGGGUUUAAAUCAAACCAAAGACCAGAUCACAGACAGUUUCACAGACAGACAGCUGUUUUUACCAUUUUCUUUAAAGGCUUUGAAGACCUGGUCACAACUAUGGCACCAAGAAAAUUAUCUGUACAUCUUUACAAAAGAUUUGGUUUGAGGCAUUUUGUGAUGUGGUGACUUUAAUUCAACUGAGAAUCAUUAAAGAGAGAAAUGUGUUUCUGAGCUAGCUAGCUUGAUAACUGGGUAGUUGUUUAUUAGGCUUGUUAGCUUGGCUGCUUGGUUGGAGAAUAAAAUUAGCACAGGGUUAAAUAAAAGUGGAUGGUGCAACACUAAUAAUAAUCAGUUAUAGCGUCCUCCAUCUUGGACUCUGUUCCCUCAAAUGUCAGCAUUGUUAAGCUAGGUUGCUACUGGUCAACCGUAUGAACAUGCGAGUUGAACUUUUUUUUUGUGUGUGUGUGGAAACAUCUGUGCCAGUUCUCCCCUACUAGUGAAUCCACUCAUCGUGGCUAUUUCGUAUAAGUGAAUUAAUUUCACCAAACAUUUUGCCAUUUUAAAUGAAUUACAAAAGAUUCAGGCCACUCUCUCUUCAGCACUGCACCAAUCAUUUUUAUAAAAUCUCCUCUUUGUAUUUGCCAGUGCAUGGUUGAAGCCCUUUAGCACCGAAAGCACUGGAUAUGUGAGCAAUGGUUUCCCCUUUGCCUUUUUCUUGUCAGUGAUAGGUUCAAAGCACUUUAAAAACAAACUCUUUCUUAAUCCAGCCUUUUCUUAUUUAGUGCAGUAUAGCUACUUUACAGACAUUCCCAGGAAGCAGAUUGUACUGAAUGAACAAUGUCACCACUUAACUACGCAAUCAUGUACAUGAAGCCAUCAAAGGACUGCGGUGUAGAGUACAUUGUGUCUGCAGUGUAUCAGUCAGUCAGUUGAAUGUUGUGUAUAGAAACUAAAAACUCUUAACACUAACUGCCUGCUUCUAACAUGCAGUCUUUAACUUUCCUGUUUUUGUUUGGUUGUUUCUGACUGUUAUUUGUACUAAUUCUUUGAAUACUGAAAAAGAAAGUGUGACUCAGUACCUGUGCAUAUUAACAUUGCUACCUGUUUGUUUUUGAUUCAUGUUUCUUGUUCAAUAACUCCUCCCAGGAUCUUCUAAAAUGAGCCUGAAAAUAAAUGGAAGACCUGACUAAAGGUUAACCUCUCCUUUGCUUCUUUGCUUUAUUUCUGUCCUCUUUUCAUGCCUUUGACAGCAUUUUACUGCAUCUAACAGAAUUAACACAUUUCUAACUUCAUUUGCUCCAGGUGCAAGAAUUAUUAACCAAAUAUCUGAUUUCACAGCAUGACAUACUGUAACAUAAUUGUGUAAAGAUAAUAUUAAUAAUUAUGUAUGAAUAUGUAUGGAGGAAAUUUUUAAGUGUUCAUCAGCAAUUAUAACUCCUCCUGUCCAGCAUUUGUUAUUGUGUACAAACAGUAAUCCCAUCCAUGUCUAUAUUGGUCAUUAUGUAGAGGGUCAUGGGGGGCUGGAGCCAAUCCAGUCAACACCAGGAGGGAGGCAGAGGUCUUCUCGCUCUCACACUGCAGGUCACAAUGUCUGGCAACAAUAACAACAUUACCUAUAAGUCUGUACAGUAUGUCUUAAAGGGGAAGGCCUGGUCUCAAACAGCUGUCUCCAUUUGCAAACGAAAGCUCCUGUGGGUACCUUCUUGGCCAUAGCUUGCAGGCGUUAUCUGUAAAACAGAACAGUAACACAUCUGCCUGUCUGGCCUUGAGGGAGAUUCUUAGCUCGUGCAAGCACCAGGUGUGUGCAAGUAGGAGGUAGGCUGACAGGCAGGUAGGCCAUCCAAUGGUUUUGCUCAUGCCGAAUAAAAUUAUCGGUCAGGCUUUUCUCAGCCCUGCUGCUGCCAGAGAUGACGGAUUUAUUUCUUUAUAUUGUCAGUGCAUAUAAU